AUGAACACCCCUCGCGCCGCUCGUAUUCUCCCUUCAGAAAUUGUGAUUGAAAUUUUUUCAUGGCUUCCCGUGAAAACCCUCAUGCAGAUCAAGUGUCUUUCCAAGUCAUGGAAAUCAUUCAUCAGCAACAACCCAAAGUUUGCGAAAUUGCACCUCAAGAGAUCACCCAACAACACACACAUCCUCCUCGCAUUUAAAGAUGACAUCAAUUACGACGAUGAGGAAACUUGUUUCAUUUCUUGCUCGAUGCGUCGUUUGCUUGAGGAUCCAUCGUCCAUGAUCGACGAAGACAAGUGCUAUCAUUUGAAGGGCAAGUAUUUGGUUGUUGGCUCUUGCAACGGCUUGGUGUGUUUGGGAAACUCUCAUGAUGCUGGGCUAAUUGAAGAAUUUUGGGUUCGAUUUUGGAACCCAACCACACGCUUGAGUUCUGAAAAGUCACCAACCUUUCAAAUGAACUUGCGAACUCAGGAGUUUGUAUCGCGGGGUAAGAUGAAUUGUGGGUUCGGCUAUGAUGAUUUACAUGACACAUACAAGGUGGUGGUGGUGUUUUGGGAUUGUACACAACAAAAAAUGGAGAUAUGGGUGCAUUGCAUGGGUGAUAGUUGUUGGAGAAACAUUUUGAGCAACCCUCCUCUCUUGCAAAAUCAAAUCUCUGGACAUUUUGUGGGUGGUUGUGUUAACUGGUUAGCCAUUGACAAGUUGAAUGGUCCAAACUAUCAAUGGGGCAAUGUUACGCUCCAAAACUUGAAGAUUUUUUCCUUUGACUUGCGUAAGGAGAAAUAUAAGUUGGUGCCACUGCCACAGGGUAUCAACGAAGUGCCUCAUGUCGAGCCAGAUCUAGGGGUUUUAAGGAAUCACAUGUGCCUCAUUCAUGACCAUGAAAGAACUCACUUUGUUGUGUGGAAAAUGACCCAGUAUGCAAUUCAAGAGUCUUGGACUCGGUUGGUGAGUAUAAGUUAUGAGCAUCUUAAUUGUGAUGGUUUUAGAUUUCGUCCGCUGCCGAUAUGCUUGUUUGAAGAUGAUGACUCCUUGUUGCUCGCCUACACUGAGGAGGUUGUCAUGUAUAAUCUAAGAGAUAAUAGUUUGGAAAAUAUUCAACUUCCCAACAACAAAUAUUGGUUGAAUGUCAAUGGUUAUGUACAAAGUCUAGUUUUGCCUUGUCAUUAUUAA